CGCAAAUCCAGAGCGAGGCCCAGGCCACCUACUACCCUCGGGGCACGCCCUCCCUCGGGGCACGCGCUCCGGCCCCGCCCGGCCGCCCCUUUCAUUCAGAAAGCCCUCAGCGAUCACGUGAAAGAGGCGUGCGGGCCGCGUGGCGUCACGAGGCUCGGACCAAUCGGAAGCUCUGUUUAUGUCGGGGAGGGGGGCGGGCAGCGGACUCUUCUCGCCCCCUCCCCUCCCGCCCUCGCCUCCGCCUCCCGCUCUCGGGCUCUGGCUGCCGGGAGAUCGCUGAGCCAGGGCGGGCGGCGGCGCGGCGGGAGCGCCGCGGGGAGGGUUGCGCCGGCGGCUCGUCUCACCGCCCCCGGGGCGCCCUGCGUCUCCCAUCCGGGACCGAAGCCGUCGGCCGUAGCGGGCGGCCGGAUCCGCGUCCCGCCUCGGCGCCGAGAGGACAUGCGGGAGAGAGAAUGAGCCAGAGGGACACGCUGGUGCAUCUGUUUGCUGGGGGAUGUGGUGGUACAGUGGGAGCUAUUCUGACAUGUCCACUGGAAGUUGUGAAAACAAGGCUGCAGUCAUCAUCUGUGACACUGUACAUCUCUGAAGUUCAGCUGAACACCAUGGCCGGAGCCAGUGUCAACCGAAUAGUGUCACCUGGACCUCUCCAUUGCCUAAAGGUGAUCUUGGAAAAAGAAGGGCCUCGUUCCCUAUUUAGAGGAUUAGGCCCCAAUUUAGUGGGGGUAGCCCCUUCCAGAGCAAUAUACUUUGCUGCUUAUUCAAACUGCAAGGAAAAGUUGAAUGGUGUAUUUGAUCCUGAUUCUACGCAGGUACACAUGAUUUCAGCUGCAAUGGCAGGUUUUACUGCGAUCACAGCAACUAACCCCAUCUGGCUUAUAAAGACUCGGUUACAACUUGAUGCAAGGAGCCGUGGGGAAAAGCGAUUGGGUGCUUUUGAAUGUGUUCGCAAAGUAUAUCAGACAGAUGGACUUAGAGGAUUUUACAGGGGCAUGUCUGCUUCCUAUGCUGGCAUAUCAGAGACUGUUAUCCACUUUGUUAUUUAUGAAAGUAUAAAGCAAAAACUGCUGGAAUGUAAGACUGCCUCUAUGAUGGAAAACGAUGAAGAGUCUGUGAAGGAAGCAUCAGAUUUUGUGGGAAUGAUGCUAGCUGCAGCCACCUCAAAGACUUGUGCCACAACUAUCGCAUACCCUCAUGAAGUUGUAAGAACAAGACUACGUGAAGAGGGAACAAAAUAUAGAUCAUUUUUUCAGACACUGUCUUUGGUUGUUCAAGAAGAAGGUUAUGGGUCUCUUUACCGUGGCCUAACAACUCAUCUGGUGAGACAGAUUCCAAACACAGCCAUUAUGAUGGCCACCUAUGAAUUGGUGGUGUACCUACUCAAUGGAUAGCAGUGUGGGGCUGCUCCAGAGAGGGGAGACCAAAAGAUUGCAGUGGACCAUGGAGUAUCCAAGCCAGCGUGGCGGACGGAAGAAAAGUAGUUUGGGAACAUGUAACUAUGCCUAAGUGGAAGUUUGGUUGUAGGAAUUUAAGUAACCAUACCGCAUUACUUGAUCUUUCAGUAAUGAGGGAAAGAAAAACCUUGGCUGCCUCCAAGGAAAUGCCUCUCAAAGCACUCCUUACGCAAAAUUGCCAUUUUCUCUACCAUGUCCACCAGAUGCAGUUGUGUUUCAUUGAUUUAUGGCAGUCAGAGUAUAGUGUUUAUUCCAUAAGCACGCACUUCUCCAAUAUUCUAAACACGUACUGUAACUAUCCAAAGAUAGUAUUGGCAGUCAUAAAUUUCCGAUUUCUGGCUAUUAAUUCCUGUAAAAGUGUUAAGCAACAACAUAGGGAGAGCCUUGAUAUUACUGUCACAUUUUCCCAAGAAGACCUUGCUCAAUAUUUUAUGUUCAGUUAUUUGGCUUUGCAGUCACUUUUUACUGCCAAUGAGAUAGCAUCUAAAUAUCUUACAUAUUUUUAACAUUAAAUUUUGAUUUCCACAGCUUACAAGUGUUUGAUCUUUUGAAUAAUGUGGAUUUUAAAUUGUUUGCCAGUGUAUCCAACUCACAUGGUAAUGGUUUGGGAAGAUGAAAUAAACUAGUAAAUUGUUGAUUCUUGACCAUUUCAGUGACUUGAGCAUGUCCUCAUAUCUUCCCUAAUUGUAUGGUACAUGAAUGAAUGCAGUAGUCUUUUCAGUGACUUACUGGAUAUAAACUUGACUUUCUACCUAUUUGUCACACCUAAGUAUCAUUACAAGUGGAAAACAUACACCACUUCUCAAUUUUUCUGUACUUGUUUUCACUUUAAGAAUUUGAGCCCUUGAUUUGUUUUCAAGCCCAUGUAGAUUACAUUUUAAUUAUUUUGUAGAGAAACUGGUAAUUUUCUGUUUGGCCCUUGCAAGUUUUUAUUUUAAAAAAUAACAUACUAAAACUAAUAUGUGCGACAGUAACAGUAUUAAAGAUGAGGGCCCUCUGCAUCUGAUUCAGUGGGUAAUGCUCUUAACUGACUUAGAGUUUGGCAAAAGAACAAGCUGCUUUUGACAAGAAAUUUAUUCUGUGCUGAUUUUCUGAACGGUAAAUCAUAGCAUUCAAGUUAGUUUGGGUUAAAUGUAUUAACAGGAUAUAACUUUUAAAUUUUGCUAUUGAGACAACUGUACCUUUUAAUACUUUAAAUGUAUUCUCUAUAUGGCCCUUAUGAAGCUAUCUGUUGUAAUUCUGUAAGAGACUUUGCCUAUGGAUGUUGCUAUACUGGUGUAUAAAACGUCUACAAUUAAACUCCAGUGUGGGAUUCAUUUCAGUAGACCUUAACUGUGCAUUUUGUGCAGUGGCUUUAUCUGCAGAAUGACUCCUUGUGAACGCACUUUGUGGCCUUGUUUUGAGGUAUGAGAGUAGAGAAUUUCAUGAUAAAAUUAUAUUUUUUAAAAUGUUAGCCGUGUAUUGGGCAGAAACAGUGUUGCUAACUUUUUUGGGUUUUAGGUAUAUUGUUUUGGAGACCUUCAGUAUACAUGUCUUAAGUAUUCUGUGUGCCCUGUAGUGCCCCCGACACGAUUGCCAGCUUACGUUGCUGACACCAGUGAAGUGCAGUGCCCCCUUACCUUCUUCAACCUGACCUCUUGUAGUCAACAAUAGCUGGAUGUUUCUGAGGUGCUCAAUUGGAAUCACGAAUAUUCCAGUCCAUGUGGAGACCAAAGGCAAAUUGAGUUUCCUUACUUUUUAUAGUAAAUUUCAGCUUUGACAUUUAUUGUGAGGAACAUACCAAAAAAAGAAAAGAAAAAAAAGCAGGAGAUUCUAACUUAAAAGUGGAGAAGUCUCAACCUAUGGUGUUUACCUUUCUGGGUGCCACUGAUACUGCCUAAGAAUCCAGUGCCAUUUGCCUCUGAAGACCCAUCACCUCAGUUGUGCUGAAUGUAGGGCAGAGACCUCCCUCUUCUCGCUGAUCUCAGUACCCGCGAAUGGUGAAGAGUGAUACGAAAACCAGCAGCGAAGGAACACCUUACAGAGCUGUAGCAAAUUCCUAACAAGUGUCCUUCCAGGAUGACCGUGAAUGCUAUUUCUGUUUGUAUUUAGCAAGUCCAAUUUGGCCUUCCGUGCAUCGUAUUCAUCUUCUAAAGCUCUUCUGUGUGCACUAGAAGGAACAGAGUCUCCGUGCUUGUUUGUACAGCAGCUAGAAGAGCACCACUUGCUGUAGUUUAUUUUUUGUGUGACGAGGAUAAUUCAAACAGGUAUUUAAAGUUUGCCUCGGAAAUCUUUCUUGCAAAAAUUUUUAGUGAAUAAUUAAAUUAAAAUUGAGUAUAUAUAUUUUUUUUAAUUUAAAAAGAGAAUGCAUACUCAAACUCAAAGCAUUGGACUUUUUGGGUAGUGUAGACUAUGUUUUGUUUUUAUCUGUUUCUACUAGUAGAUAACUUUACUUCUGGUGUAAGGUAGUCAACACUCUUCAGAUUGGAAUGUGCUUUUACUGUAGAAUCUUCUCUGAAAAUGGAACUGAACACAUUCAGGUUAAAGCAGUAGAUCCUGGAAAAGAACGUCCUCCCGCGGAGCAGCAGCAGAAACCACUUUGGCUGCCUCUGCUACCUGUGACUCAGAGAAUCGGUUUUGUACAUUUCAGAGUCCAAAUGUGGGACUUGCCCCAUGAUUGCAGGAUACCAUACAGUGCUUUCAAUUCGGGGGGGGGGGGGGGGGGCCUGUACCACCAAAGCUGGCUCAUGGUUCUCAUUGUGUAAUUUUAAUAGAACCAACCCUACUGGAUGGGCCCCAUGCCCAUAAAUAAUUGAUUUGUCAUUUUGAAACCUUGGUAGAAUAUCAUGAGAUUAUUUAUCCAGACUUCCGUCUCCUAAACCAUGAUGCACACUGUGGAAUGACAGCAGGUUGAAACCAACAGCAUUUAGAUUGUUAAGAAAUAGUGAACAUUUCAGCAUAUUUAAAUUUGUUUUAAAUCACAAGCAUAUUGAUUUGAAUUUGAAGGUGUUUCAAGUGCUAGAAGUCAGUCCAUUCCCUACCCUUCCAGAAUCACUGAUGCCUGUCUGUUUACAUGCUCUCGUGCCCGCGCUCUCGGUACUGUAGGGACUCUUGGGGCUGCUACAUGCAGUUCAGCCUUUUUCUCCUCUGAUGUUGAUCAUGACUUUAACAUUCCUAACAGUGUAGUUGUUCGGGGAUGAUUUAAAUUGGAGGGCAUGACAGUGCGUAAAGCCAGUGCUUUCUGUCUACUCAGUGUCGCUUCUCCAUCCUGCCCUCACAUUUGCCAUGUGUCUGUACGCUGACUUUUACGCUAGUCCUUUCUGAAGUGAUAAACUGUCGCUUCACUCAGUUUUUGUGUUAAUGAGCUUUUUGAGUGUACCCCAGUGUAUGUGAAUGAGUAGAUUGUGACCUGUAAGUGGUAGCUAAUUAGUCAACUUAAAAUGAGUUGGUAACUUAACCAUUCAUGUGAGGUUUGCUAUUCUUGAUUUAUGUACAUUGCUGUAAAUUAUGUGCAUUUAUUCUGUAUUUAUGUUAUCCAGCCAACUUUUACUUGAAUUGUUAAGAUUCAAAAAAUUAAAAUAUAUUCAUGAAAA